UGCAGCAGCUUCAUCAAUCUGCGCAGUUCACUUGCUUAGCGUACUGUCGUUUGGACUUACAUUGCAAAACUUUCAUCAAUCAUGUCUGGAAGAGGAAAAGGAGGAAAGGGUCUUGGCAAAGGAGGUGCCAAGCGUCAUCGAAAGAUUCUUCGUGACAACAUCCAAGGCAUCACCAAGCCAGCCAUUCGCCGAUUGGCUCGUCGUGGAGGAGUAAAGAGAAUCUCUGGUCUCAUUUACGAAGAGACACGAGGUGUUCUCAAGGUUUUCCUCGAGAACGUCAUUCGUGAUGCAGUCACAUACACAGAACAUGCCAAGCGAAAGACUGUCACCGCCAUGGAUGUCGUCUACGCUUUGAAGAGACAAGCAAGCUUAACACGUAUUGUCGUUUGGACUUACAUUGCAAAACUUUCAUCAAUCAUGUCUGGAAGAGGAAAAGGAGGAAAGGGUCUUGGCAAAGGAGGUGCCAAGCGUCAUCGAAAGAUUCUUCGUGACAACAUCCAAGGCAUCACCAAGCCAGCCAUUCGCCGAUUGGCUCGUCGUGGAGGAGUAAAGAGAAUCUCUGGUCUCAUUUACGAAGAGACACGAGGUGUUCUCAAGGUUUUCCUCGAGAACGUCAUUCGUGAUGCAGUCACGUACACAGAACAUGCCAAGCGAAAGACUGUCACCGCCAUGGAUGUCGUCUACGCUUUGAAGAGACAAGGCCGAACAUUGUACGGAUUUGGCGGUUAAGUUGCGUCGUCUUGUUUACUGGACGAACGACUGGAGUGGCUCGCCUUCUUCAACAAAACAAACAGCUUUUUUAAAAGCUACUAAAAAUGCCAAUGUUACCCAAUGUUUUACACCUUGUGAC